AUGAAUUAAAAUAGUUUGUUAAACAAUCAAUUUAAGACUAUGGAUAUAAGGUUAAGUUUAUAAAAGUGGAUUACUUUAUUUGGAGACGUGGUGGUUAAAUUGUCAAUAAAUUUUAUAUAUUUGAAUUAAUAAAUGGUGUUUUUUAAGAGAAAGAAGUUAAACACUUUAAUUAAAUAGAAAUAAUAAAAUUUAUGA